AAUUUACACCGGCUGUAUGGGCAUCCAAAUUUCUAAUGAUUCGGUACUACUAAUGACCUGUACAGCCUUCUGAAUCAUGAACAUAUCUGUUGUAAAGAUGAAAAGUUAUGAUUCAGUCCUAUCACCGUUCAGCAUUUUUUUUCUACACUUGCAAGGAAGACACAUACAUAGUUACAUACCACCACACAAUGGCAAUGCUUAUAAAUCUUUUUUUCAAUCUCGCUAUGUUUUUUAAUUUGGCUAGUUUCGCCAUAAAUGUUAGAGUACAUGGUAGUUAGAGUCAUAUUAGGAUAGGAUUGAUUUAUGUGGACUUCUUCUAUAUCUGUAAUCUUUCCUUAUCUCCUCCCAUGUACUCUAAUAUAUACUGGCCCCCGAGGCGCAAUAUAAUUGUUCCACGUUACACAGUAUAUCUCUCCUAUACUAUCCAACAUGGUAUCAGAGCGGGCGAUCUAAUCGCCUCUCUCUCACGCUUCCGCUCGUCGCCCCUGGGAGGGUUCUGAUCUCCGGGGGCGGCCACCGUUUCUUUUUUUUUUCUUCUUUGCGUCGUCAUCGUCGUUCUUCGUCAAGCAGCAAGCAGCACAUCGUCCUCCACCUCCGUCGUCCUCCUCGGAUCAGAUCUCGCGUCGAUGAUGGGCGCCCUCCGCUGGCUACUGGUCCUCUUCACUGGCAUCCCCGAUCCCGUCGCACCUGACCGCCAGCCCUCCCGGAUCUGGAUCAUCGGCGGCGCCGGCCACCACCACCACCUCCGAUCCGAUCUGCUCCACCGCCACCGGCGCUCCGGGCGGACGGCCACCUCUUCACCGCGCCACAUCCUCAGAUCGUAUCUGAGGGACCCCGUCGCCUGCCGCCGCCGACCUCACCACCUUCAGAUCCACGCCGUUCGUUCGCCGGCUCCUCCUCCGGACCACGGCCGUCGUCCGGGGGGACGAGCUCCCGUUCGUCGUCUCCAUGCCGCGCGUCCUGCAAUCCGCCAGGGCGCUGGCCUCGCCGCCUCGACGUCCUUGCUGGAGCCGGUGGUGUGGACGCAAGUCGACGGGCGGCCGGUGGAGGAUGCCGAGGCCAGCGCCAUCGGCGGCCAGGAACCCCGUCCGCCACCGCGUCCACCCGGCUGCACAGGCCCCGUCUCGUACGGGCCCUCGUCGCCGGCGCUCUCCACUACCUCGACCUCUUCGCGGAGCACUUGCGUGAGAUUGCCGUGGUCGGUAAUCAAGCUGCCCGCUCUAAUCUGUUUUGUCUCCAUCUGCUAUGAUCUUGCACGUGGCAAGCAAGUGAGGAGAUAGAGACGAGAUGGGUGCAGAGUCGUUUAGCAUGUUGACCGGGUCAUGUGUGGCAUUGGAGGAUUCUGGAUGCUACUGUUGCUGCUGUACCUUUGUCCUUUUUCCCGUUCAGAGAACGGGUUUGCGUCGCCCACCGUCUCGUCGAUAUCCACGCGUCUUCGACAUCGGCAUCGACUCUGCUUCGACUUCAUCGUUCCGUCUCGGGCAUCUUCGGCUUGAUCACUCGUUCAAGCGCCCGGCUACAACGACUUCUGUAACCGAUCGUCAUUGAGCACGCGUCUACGCCACCAACCUUCGGGUUGCCGCUGCGUCGCCCCAUUGGGCUGCAGUGUCGCCGCCCGUGGUCCACCUCCACCGGUUGUUGGAGUUCUCGCCGCUGCAUCGACAUCGAGCCGUACCUGUGUCGCCCCUUCAGGUCACAACGUUGCCCCUCUCGUCGUCUUCAUCGUCGUUCGCGCUUCGACACCCUCGUCGUCCACACUGGUCAUUGUUAGCCACUCGGGUUGUAACGCCCCGAUUUUCGUUCGGGAUUAAAAAUCAAUUAAUAAUACAUCUUCUAUAAAUUAAAUAAAA